CUUAUACAAGCACAGUCACUUUCCUAAUAUAUCCGUCCCUCAGCCCCGGCACUGCAGUCAAGACACGGAUCAGAGUUUUACUGUGUUUAGGAGUUUUGUUUGUGCUUUUGACCGCCACCAUGAUGCGGAGCACGGCCCCUGUAGACACAGAGAUUGACCUCGGGGACGAUAUAGACAGCGAGGACAGCGAGGGACAGCAGCCAUGGAAGACGCACCUGGAGACGGUUAUGGAGGUAGAAGAGGAGGAGGAAGAGGAAGAGGAGGAUAUGGUCUCAACAGAGAGCGACACGAGGCCUCUGAUCAACGAGAGAGAUCCGAGACAGAUGAACGAAUGCCUCAAGGUGAGUUUCGAGGACAUGAUAGCCGAGCCUCUUUCGGUACGCACCGGAGACCGGGUGUGGUUCUGGAGCAACGCUCUCUUUGAGGUGUCCCGAGUUUGGUUGUAUCGCAUCAUCACGGCCGUUCUCGCCAUCCCUUUCUCCAUCGUCGCUGGAGUUCUCUUCGCGUUCCUCACCUGCCUUCACAUCUGGCUCCUCACUCCAUGUGUAAAGGUAAUCUUCAUGAACACCAGCUGGCUGAAGACGCUCUGGAGCAGCCUUGUGGAAACCUUCAUCCUCCCCGUCUACCACAGCGCCUCCCAAUGCUGCACGAGCAUCAGCGUUCGACUCACACGUGAAUAAAGAAAAUGGACCAUUUUUAUCCAAGCAGGUGCUACCAGAGAAAAGACACGGACACCAGAUGUGCUGUGGUACCGACAGGACUUCAUGGAUUUGUUCGGAUGUGCUCUAAUAACCAGAUAGGACUGGUGUCAGAGUUUGCUAAGGAAUUAAUACAUCAAGAAAGCGUGAUCAUUCUGUACAUACUGACUGUAUACUGCACUGUUUAAGGAGAUGUGGGUUAUUGGUGGCAUCUAUAAACACCAUCCAAUCCGACGAGGCACUGCGGUAGGCAGGUGCGUUUGAUUUUGCGCAAUAUGGUGCCAGUGAAGACCCUGAAAAGUUACCUUUGUCCCUCUUUAGGUUGAGUGUCUUUAAUACCUGAAUGACACCUGACCAUACGUGUUUCCUCCCCCAAACUUUCAGUCAAGCUCAAGGCACACAAUUGUAUACAAGUCUUUGGAUGCAGUAGCACAACAUUUUCCCUUCACCUGAA